GGGGGCAGGUUUGAAUAGUUUGGAGGGGGAGGUGAAAAGGAUGUUGGGGCGCAAGAGCGCUCUAGUCAACUGUGGGUAACAGAAGCCGCGUAGCGGCGCUUAAAACUUCUGCAGUCAUUGUUUUUAUGUUUAUCUGUAGGAACUUGAAUCGAUCUUCUCUACUCCUCGUGGAGUAGACGCAGUAUCGCAACGUCGUAGCAGCGCAAACAGCUUGUCUGUGAAAGAACUUUGGAGAUCUUUUAUUAGACUACAGGAACACAAUGCGCGCGAGAAGCGCUUUCCACACGACCCACUCGGAGAGGCGAAAUUUUUCCUAGUGAGAUUUAAAAUACAUAUUGAAAGGACUGGUUUUGCAAGACGCCAGUGAUUUUACUUUAGUUUGAUUUCUCCUCCUUGCUGGUUAGGAGAUAUGAACAAUUUACCGUAGUUAAGAAGGGGCCGGGACAAGAAGAAAUCCUCGAUUACCGGUAAUUGUGCUCACUUUCAUUCAAGGUCUGCAAAACAAAAGACAUUAUUUUUGGAAGUCCAUUCUCUGGAUAGCACUUUUCUGCUACAUUUCAACCAAAACUUAGCAACCCUAGGCUGAAUGAGUGGAUAGCCCAUUGCUGAUGCCUCAGCUGACUGGGAGAGCGCCCCUAUUAAAGUAAGCACCCCCUACAGGAUGCUGGUGCCAUGGAGCUUGCUGUUCUUGUGGGCAGUACUCACCCGGGUCUCCCUGUCCUUGGCCCGACCUGCGAUCACCGAACAAGACAAUCUGGCAUCUUCUGAGGAUGAGGAUGAUGAUGAAUCAUCCUCAGAAGAAAACAAGCUGCCCAACAGUCAGAGGCUCCUACCUAUGGCACCUCAGUGGGCACAACCAGAGAAGAUGCAGAAGAAGCUGCAUGCAGUACCAGCCAGCAAGACUGUCAAAUUCAGGUGCCAGGCUAGUGGCAACCCCCAACCUACACUCAAGUGGUUCAAGAAUGGCAAAGAGUUCAAGAGGGACCAGCGAAUUGGAGGUUUCAAGGUUCGAGAGCACAUGUGGACGAUAAUCAUGGAGUCUGUGGUACCUUCAGACAAGGGGAACUACACAUGCGUGGUGGAGAACAAGUAUGGCAGUAUCAACCACACUUACCAACUGGAUGUUGUUGAGCGCUCACCCCACAGACCCAUUCUCCAAGCGGGCCUGCCAGCCAAUCGCACAGCAGUGAUUGGCAGCAAUGUGGAGUUUGUGUGCAAGGUGUUCAGUGACCCUCAGCCCCACAUCCAGUGGCUAAAGCACAUUGAGGUGAACGGUAGCCGUGUGGGCCCUGAUGGAUUGCCAUAUGUCCGUGUCCUGAAGACGGCGGGUGUUAACACCACAGACAAGGAGAUGGAGGUCCUGCAGCUGAGGAAUGUAACCGUGGAUGAUGCAGGGGAGUAUACCUGCUUGGCGGGCAAUUCUAUCGGGUUCUCUCAUCACUCUGCAUGGUUGACCGUGUACAAAGCCAAACCCCCCUCCCCAAUACCCAGCCAGACCUACCUAGAGGUGCUGAUCUACUGCGUGGGCUUCUUCCUUAUCUCUGUCAUGGUGGCUAUUGCUGCUGUCUUCAAGAUGCGCAGCUCCUCCAAGAAGAAUGACUUCAACAGCCAGCUGGCUGUACACAAACUGGCUAAGAGCAUCCCACUACGCAGACAGGUAAUAGUGUCUGUGGACUCCAGCGCCUCCCUGCACUCAAGAGCAAUGCUGAUGUGGCCCUCACACCUCUCCUCCAGUGGCACCCCUAUGUUGUCAGGGUUGUCAGAGUACGAGUUGGCACAGGACCCACGCUGGGAGUUUCCUAAGGAGAGGCUGAUCCUUGGGAAACCGUUGGGGGAAGGCUGCUUUGGCCAGGUGGUCAUGGGAGAAGCCAUUGGCCUGGACCGCGAGAAGCCCAACAACGUGACCAAGGUGGCAGUCAAGAUGCUGAAACCUGAUGCCACCGAGAAGGACCUGUCUGAUCUGAUCUCGGAGAUGGAGAUGAUGAAGAUCAUCGGCAAGCACAAGAACAUCAUUAAUCUGCUUGGGGCCUGUACCCAGGAUGGACCACUGUAUGUGAUUGUGGAGUAUGCUGCCAAGGGAAAUCUGCGUGAGUACCUGCGUGCCCGGCGACCGCAGGGGAUGGAGUAUUGUUACAACCCUGACCAGGAGCCCCUGGAGAUUAUGUCCCUCAAAGACUUGGUCUCCUGUGCCUACCAAGUGGCACGGGGUAUGGAGUAUCUGGCAUCAAAGAAAUGCAUCCACAGAGACCUGGCAGCACGCAAUGUUUUGGUGACUGAGGACAGUGUUAUGAAGAUUGCAGACUUUGGCCUAGCUCGAGAUAUCCACCAUAUUGACUACUACAAGAAAACCACCAAUGGCCGCUUGCCAGUUAAGUGGAUGGCCCCGGAAGCUCUGUUCGACCGGAUAUACACGCACCAAAGUGACGUAUGGUCAUUUGGGGUCCUCCUUUGGGAGAUCUUCACACUGGGUGGUUCCCCCUACCCAGGGGUCCCUGUGGAGGAGCUUUUCAAGUUGCUUCGCGAAGGACACCGCAUGGACCGACCCUCAACCUGCACACCUGAGCUGUACAUGAUGAUGAAGGAUUGCUGGCAUGCUGUUCCCACCCAGAGACCCACAUUCCAACAGCUGGUUGAAGAUCUGGAUCGCAUCCUGGCCAUGACCUCCAACCAGGAGUACUUGGACCUCUCAGUACCCCUGGACCAGUACUCGCCAAUCUUCCCUGACACCCGAAGCUCCACCUGCUCCUCAGGAGCCGACUCUGUGUUCUCUCAUGAAGCUGCUGUCAGGGAGCCUUGCCUACCGCCCUCCACGUUCCCCCCUCAUCCCAACAGCCGAGCCUUCAAGAAACGCUGAGGGAACGAUGCUGUCAGUUGCUUGAAUCGCCUGUGCCCUCCCCUCCCCCUAACUGGCUGGCUCACUUGUCGCAGCUACAUAGGCUUCUCAGACUUGGUUGGAAUCCUGCCCCCUGCGGGGGGGUAGACUGGGAUGCAGGGGGAAGGGCUGUUUUAUGCUUUUGGGUGCAGUGCGAUUCAUUGUGUGGCAGAAGGUUUUUGCAGGGCUACAGCGGAGUCCACAUCCAGCUGCUUUCCCACAGGACUAUAGUACCAAGGAAAACACUGAUGAAAUUGUGGACCUUCUAGAGAAUACAGUUGGAUCCCAAAGGUUUUUAAUUUUUUUUUUUUUUUUUUUUUUUUUUUUUUAUUGGGAGAAAUAAAUGAGAUUUGCUGUUCUUGGAUCCCUGCCAAUAAAAGGAACAUUACCAGGAAGUGUAUGUCACUUUGUAAAUACAGUUAAUGUAUAAAUAUGAAUAUAUAUAUUUACACCAUUAACUUUUUGUAAAUGGUUUGCACUCUUAUCCUAGUGGUCUUUGAGGAACAGUUGUAUUAUGUACACAGUUGUGGAGUUUCUCGCAUAUUAAAACUGAGGUGGAAUAUGUUUACAGAAAAUCUUUUUUUUUUUUUUUUUAAAGACACUUCCAUAAACACAUUAUUUUUUUAAUGGAUAUUUUGUUGGUGACCCUCCUAUGUUAGGUAUUUUUGCUCACAAAGAAUUGACAUUUUCCAGCAGGCAUGUAAUGGUCUAUUGCAUAAACUUCACAGUGGAUCCCUUGGAGAGAGGCAUUGUGGGUAGGAGAAGCCUUCUGGUGUUAGCCAGCUGGUUCUGUAGACUUUACAGGUCUGAAGAAGAAUGUGGGUUUUUUUCUUUUUUUUUUUUUUUUUU